AAUGUGUAAAUAUGUACACCAUUAAUAAAAUCAGCUUGCUUUUUAAGAAAAUUAUUUUUCUAGAGAAAAGUUUAAAUUCUGCAGAUACAUAACAUGUUGUACUUAUACAUUCUCACUUCAGGUCCAUUUCUUCACGUUUCUAUUUCUCACUGCUACAGAGCAUGUAGAGGUUCUGGACAGCACUGAUGGAGAACAGGACAGAGGUGACAGAGUUCCUCCUGCUGGGGCUGACCGAUGACCCACGCCUGCAGCUUCCCCUCCUCAUGACCUUCCUCCUCAUCUACACCAUCACCGUGCUUGGGAACCUGGGGAUGAUCCUGCUGAUCCUGCUGGACGCUCGUCUGCACACCCCCAUGUACUUCUUCCUCGGUAACCUGUCUCUGGUGGAUUUCUCUUCCUCCACAGUUGUCACUCCUGUAGUCAUUGCUGGGCUCCUUACAGGAAAAAAAGUCAUCUCCUACAAUGCCUGUGCUGCUCAGAUGUUCUUCUUCACAACCCUCAUUUGUGCAGAAAAUUAUCUUUUGCCUGCAAUGGCCUAUGACCGUUAUGCUGCAGUGUGCAAACCCCUGCACUACACCACCACCAUGACUGCAAAUGUGUGUGUGGGUCUCGUCCUAGGCUGCUAUGCCUGCUCAUUCCUGAAUGCCUGCAUCCAAACUGGUAACACAUUCAGUCUCUCCUUCUGUAACUCCUAUGUGGUCCAUGACUUUUUCUGCGAUGUUCCAGCAGUCAUAGCUCUGUCUUGCUCUGACAAACACAUUAGUGAGCUGGUUCUUGUUUACGUCGUGAGCUUCCACAUCUUUUUUGCCAUCUUGGUUAUCACAGCAUCCUACAUUUUCAUUUUUGUCUCCAUCCUAAGGAUGCAUUCUGGUGCAGGACCUCGCAAGGCUCUGUCCACCUGUGCUUCCCACUUCACUGCCGUCUCCAUCUUCUAUGGGACGAGUAUCUUCAUGUACCUGCAGCCCACAUCCAGUCACUCCAUGGACACUGAUAAAAUUGCCUCUGUGUUCUACACCAUAGUCAUUCCCAUGCUGAACCCUGUGGUCUACAGCCUGAGGAACAAGGAGGUUAAGAGUGCAUUCUUAAAAGUCAAGCGUACAUUCAUUUUAUCAAGGCCAAAUAAGCUGUAGGAUUUUCAUUGUAACUUUGGCAAUUGCAGCAUCUCUGGAGGUACUUCCUGCUCAGAUCUUGUCCAGGUACCAUGUUACAUUUUGAGGCCCAUAUUGACAAUAUAUUUUUGACUCUAUAACUUUUGACUUUUGACAUGAAAAAAUACCAUAUCCAUAUAUAAAUAUCGAGUUUGAGUGACUAAGACAUCCUGAGUUCUCCUGGCUAAAACAUCCUUAAGGAUAUUGGUGUGCACAUGCAUAAUACACGUGCUCUUUCCCAUACUUCAUGCCAUUGCAGACCUGUGUACAACAGGCCGAAAGAUGCCCAAAAAUCAAAGCAACAUCCACCGUGGUCUCAUAAUGGCAAAUGGAAAUGGAUGUGGUAGCUUUUAUCAGACUUGAAUAAAGUGUGCUAUUUGUGGUAGUUAACUCUAUGUGUUUAUUUGUCUUCAUUAAAUGAUAUUCAUGGAGCCAGCAAAUAAUCUUACCUUAUGUCUAUGUGUUUCCAUCAGAGUCUUGUAUUUAAAGCAGUGCAUUAGUAAAGAAGAUCUUGUCAGGGGAAGUUUGCGUUGUGGGGAGUUUUCUCUCUCCAUGUUUCUCUCUCUCACGUUUAGGACCUCAGCCUUCUGACACAUAGACAUCAGUUCAUGAUCUGUGCCUGUUUUUGGUCUUCGGUCUCCACACUUACCAGAGGCCAAGCUCCCCUUCUCUGCUUCAGACCCCAGCCAGCCUUGUCCUCUGCAUUGCUGAUAAAGCACUAAGGGACUUUACAACCUCCCUGUCUUAUAUCAUGAUGACUUUAAUAAAUAUCUGCUUCUGCAGCCAGAAGUGGCGGCAUAUGCCUGUAAUCCUAGUACUUGAAAACCUGA